UCGAGUCCUACCGUUUUGGUUUAAGAUCUAGACAUGUUCAAGGACUACACCAUCGUGGUCUCCGCCGAUACGGCAGUCUGAUCAAAACGAUUCAAGAGAAUCAGGCGGAAGGUUUUUUCUGAAAUUCAUAAAAUCGGGUGAUCUUUGCAAUAUGCAUACGUAUAUCCUUGGUAAAUGUAUUGGCUUUGUUUGGUUAACGAUGUUGAUAGGAUUAGGUUGUGAUCAAAUUAGAAAAAAAUUGGGUCUUUUCUGAUUUUUUUUGGCCAAUUCUCUGAUUAUGAGUUUUGGAAUGGUUGGAAUGGUAGAGGAGGGUUUAGGCGUAAGGUAAGAGAAAAUGGGAUUGAACCCAAUUUGCAUACUUCAAAUUCUCUGGUGAGCUUGAUGUUUCAUUGAUUUGACAAAGCAUGUAUUUGAGAUUGUGGGCAGUUGCAGGAUCAGACUACAUGUUACUUACAACAGGCAUGAUCAAGGAGUAUUGUAAGGUAGGGUAGAGAAAUGAUAUGACAAUGAUGCAGGUUUUGAGUAUUGCCUAGCUUUGUAUCAAGAUUUGGAUGAGAAGUGACUUUCAGGCUUGUAGUUUAGUGAUUGGAGAUUCUGCAAGAAGGGAAAAUUACAUGAAGGUUAUGUGGUUUUUCUGCAAUAUGAUUCGUUAAGGAGGCCAAGCCAAAUGUAGUCAAAUACACCACGUUAAUGAUUCAUCCGUAUGGGGACAGCUUAGAUUUUUCUGUGUGUUGCAUCCAAAGAUGUACUGUGUACCCAAAUUCCGAGUUCACCAACCAGGGAUGAAUGAUACUGUGUACCUAAAUUCCAAAGAUGUACUGUGUACCCUAACAGUUUUCGUCUGGUUAGGAGAUAAUCACUUCUUGAAAGCAGUUUGAAUGUUUCUCAAAGAAUGGUCAUGUACUACCCACGUUUUUUGUUUGGUUAUCUUGGAGGAUUUAAUUACCCAUCAAGAAGAUAAUGAGGGAGAAAAAGGCUAAAGAGAUUCAUUCGACUUGCAAAACCAUGGUUGGAAUUUUGUGCACAUAGUGAUUGAGGAGAGAGAUAGAAAGUGAAGGGACUUUAAAUGUUAGACCCGUUGAAACUAGUGGUGGGCCUGUGAAGGUUGAGGUUGAGGGAAGAGCCAGCCUGCCCAAAAGAAAAAAUAUCUUGUGCAACUUGUGAUGCUUGGUAGCUUUGGUCCUACAUGCUUAUCCAGAUAUUUGCAGAGAAAGAAACAUCAAAAGGAGGCAAAGAGGCUUUCAUGGGACCACACUGGAUGAUAGUUGCAAAAUACAUUGUGGUUAAGGUUUGUCUCUUGAGCACAUGUUGAGACUGGGAUACUCUUCUGUGAGAACGCAUUAAUAGCUGUAUUAAGUGUUGAUAGAAUUUGUGGACGGUAAUUCCCGUGACAUUUAUGGAGGUAUCUGUGAUGUUUUUCCUAUUAAAAAGACAAAUAAGGAGACCCAAAAAAGGUGAGAACAACUAUACACACAAAGAAAUUUCUUUUGUCUGAAGACAAAGGGAGUGGUCAAUGACCAGUACUCCCCUAUAUGUUGGGUUAGGACUUCUACUCAUUUUGCAUCGUUGAGAUACUAUACUGCCUUGAAAGACUUGGUAUUGGAUGGAAACUGUAGAAGCGGGGCAUGAUGAUGUUAUUGGUUGGUUCGAGCAUGUGUCGGAAAAUGCCUGCAAGGUCCAAAGCGAGACGCUACGAAGGAUUCUUGAGCUCAACUCCGGAGUGGAGUAUCUGAGGAAAUGGCUUGGGACUGUUGAUGUAGAAAAGAUGGACGAUUAUACUUUGGAAACUCUCUUUACUUCCUUGGUGCCUAUUGUUUCACAUGCUGAUUUAGAUCCUUAUAUUCAAAGAAUUGCAGAUGGAGAGACUUCUCCAUUACUUACACAAGAACCCAUCACUGUUCUGUCCCUCAGCUCUGGAACAACAGAAGGGAGACAAAAGUAUGUUCCGUUUACUCGCCAUAGCGCGCAAACUACUCUUCAGAUUUUCCGAUUAUCAGCGGCUUACAGAUCAAGGUUUUAUCCAAUAAGGGAAGGAGGGAGGAUUCUUGAGUUUAUAUACGCCGGGAAGGAAUUUAAGACGCUAGGAGGAUUGACAGUAGGAACGGCCACAACACAUUACUAUGCGAGCGAAGAGUUUAAAACUAAGCAAGAGACAACAAAAUCCUUCACUUGUAGCCCACAAGAGGUCAUCUCAGGAGGUGAUUUCGGUCAGUGCACGUAUUGUCAUCUCCUACUUGGUCUCCAUUACUCCAGCCAAGUAGAGUUUGUCGCCUCUGCUUUUUCUUACACCAUUGUCCAAGCUUUCUCCUUUUUCGAAGAAAUCUGGAGAGAGAUAUGUGCUGACAUCAAGGAAGGUAAUCUUAGCUCAAGAAUCACUCUGCCCAAGAUGAGAAAAGCUGUAUUGGCUCUGAUCAGACCAAACCCGUCUCUUGCUUCUCAUAUCGAGGAGAUCUGCUUAGAGCUGGAAACAAAUCUCGGAUGGUUCGGUUUGAUUUCAAAGCUUUGGCCAAAUGCAAAAUUUAUCUCCUCAAUCAUGACGGGUUCUAUGCUGCCGUACCUGAAUAAGCUGAGGCAUUACGCUGGCGGUUUGCCCCUGGUGAGCGCAGAUUACGGGUCAACCGAGAGCUGGAUUGGUGUGAACGUUGAUCCUCAUCUUCCCCCAGAAGACGUGAGCUUUGCUGUGAUUCCCACUUUUAGUUACUUCGAGUUUAUACCACUUUACAGGCGGCAGAAUCAAUCAGACAUAUGCAUUGACGGUGACUUUGUCGAAGAUAAACCUGUGCCGCUCUCUCAAGUCAAACUCGGGCAGGAGUAUGAACUUGUUCUAACCACUUUCACAGGUCUUUAUAGGUACAGAUUAGGAGACGUAGUUGAAGUGACCAGUUUUCACAAAGGCACACCGAAGCUAAGUUUCAUAUACAGAAGAAAACUCAUCUUAACCAUCAACAUUGACAAAAACACAGAGAAGGAUCUUCAGAGAGUUGUUGACAAGGCGUCUCAGCUUCUGAGCCGAUCCACACGAGCUGAAGUCGUUGACUUUACAAGCCACGCAGACGUUAUAGCUCGUCCUGGUCACUAUGUAAUCUACUGGGAAAUCAGAGGAGAAGCAGAUGAUAAGGCUCUUGAAGAAUGUUGCAGAGAGAUGGAUACUGCUUUUGUGGACUAUGGUUAUGUAGUGUCGAGGCGCAUGAACUCGAUCGGACCGCUUGAGCUACGAGUUGUGGAACGAGGAACGUUUGGGAAAGUGGCGGAAAGGUGCGUUGGGAAAUGCGGUGGCUUGAACCAGUUUAAGACUCCUAGGUGUACGACCAAUUCUGUUAUGCUUGACAUACUUAAUGAUUCUACUAUCAAGAGAUUUCGCAGUUCAGCUUAUGACUAGAAACCUGAUUACUAAAUUUAGUUUUGUGUUUUUAUCUUUGUGAUUCCAUGGCGGCUGUGUUAGUGUACUCAGUUUUGACCAUUUACAAUGAAGAAUAAAAGGAUUAUGUUACUCUUUUGGUUAAAAACAAUGGAGUUAC